UGUUGGCCGUUUUCAAUCGGUGGGGAAAGGGAAAAGUUGCUGCUCCGCGUGCUUCUGUGUGCAACAUUUGAAAUGUCUUAGCGCCGUCGCCGCGAAACAAAUACGUAAACCAAAGCGAACCGUGUGUGCCAAAACGAAAAUGCACUAACUAAACCCAAGCCAAAUCCCCAAGAAGCAAUUACAUAAAUAAAACAUAAAAAUUUAAAGUUAAAAAUUGAGUGUUUGUGUGUUCCAAAUAUAUGUUAAAAACUAAAGAAUUCGCGUUCAAGCCAAGCAUACAAUGUAAUGUAAAGCAAAAUGCCAAUGCGAAGUAAAACCAAUCAGCAAGAAUCAUCAGAGGAGCCACAUUAUCCCAUCAAGAAGCUGGAUUCCCUGCCCAUAAUAGUCGAGCAAGAGGCUGAUGAUGAUGAUUAUGGGCAAACCUUCGAGAAUGGCAACCAGCUGAAUAGCACCUUUGGCGGGGAUGUAGAGAAUGCCAGACGAAGUUCAUCGACCUCGCUGAUCUGGAGCAAGUCGAACAGCUCCCUGAGCUCGGAGGAUUCCCUCAAUGCCACCCUGAUCACCAGUAAACCGUCCAACUCGAGCAAACACUUUGAGAACACCUACAAGCUGCUGGGUCAGCAUCUGGACACCAAUUGCCAGCGUUCGGCGGACAAAUUGCAGCAGCAGCUAAAUGGAUCUGGAUCCGAUUUCGAUAGCAUCUCCUCCAGCUGCUCCUCGAUGUCGGCGAUUGUCAACGGAAUUGAGCCACCGCCCACGCGUCUGGAACUCGAAUUGGAGGCAGUGGAUCGCAUGCGAUGCAUUGUCCAGCAAAUGAAGUCGGGUGGGCCAAAGAGUAUGGAUGCUCCACCGAUCCUGGGGGCUUCGGCUCCUCUUCUGGCCCUGCUCCACGAUUUCGCCUCGAAGGGACAGCGAAAGGAGGGCAGCAGUGUUCCGGGUACUCCGGUCCCCAGUCCGAUCACCGGUGUCCUGGAGGCACCGCACUUCGAGUUGCCAUCGGAGCUGCUGCAGGCAGCCAGCAGCUGGGAACUCAUGUACUACGCCUCAAAGAAUGUCGAUGGCAAAAACUGCCUGAAGGUGGUGCGCAGUCUGCUGACGAACAAAGUUCUAUGCGGCAACCGCGUUAGCCAGAUGACUCGGGCGUACGAUGAUAUUGAGGCCGUGACGCGACUGUUGGAGGAGAAGGAGAAAGACCUGGAGCUGACUGUGCAGAUCGGAAAGGAGCUGCUCACCCAGAACAAUGCCCUCGAGGCCCGGGUUGCCGAUCUGGAGGCCGAUCUCAAGACCUCCAACGAUGAUCGUGCCCAGCUGGUCCACGAGCUGCACAAGAAGAACGAGCUAAUCUCGGUGCUGACCAACGAUGCAGACGAUGGCACAGAUACUGACACCCCCACCAUGUCAAAGUCCAUUACCCUGGACCUGCUGCAGCGCAAGGUGAACACACUGAUCGACGAGAACAAGUCGCUGAAGUGCGAGGCUACCCAACUGGCCCACCAGACGGACGAGGUGGAGGAGCACGAGCGCCAGCUGAUGGCCGAUAUCAGUGCCCAGUUGAACGAUGCGAAUUCCCAGUACGACAACCUCAGUCUGGAGUUGGAGCGGCAACGGGAGGAGAAUCGACUGCAGCACGAGCAGAUUGUGAGUCUGACAGCUCGCCUGGCGGAGGCGGAGAUGCGGCUGCACCAGCUGACGCAGGACAACGACGAGCAUCUGUCCCUGCUGCACGUGACCAAGGAGAACCAGAAUGCCUUGGCCCUGGAGCUGGUGGAGUUCAAGCAGCGCUACGAAGAGGUGCUCGCUCUGCUGCACUCGGCCCAGGAUCAGCUGAAGCAGCAGCGCAAGCGGUCGCAACCGAUGGCGCGGAGCUCCUUCCUCGGUGGCCUGGGCACCAGUGGAGCCGGCAUUGGCGGUGGUCUCUUCCAGCCGGAUUCGCUGCAUUGCGAGCUGAUGGAAUCGUCGCUGUACUCGGAGAACAGCCUGGACUCUGGCAUAUCGGGCGAUAGUCAACGAUCUGCCGACCGUAUUAACCGCAUGAUGAUGCACAUGCCCUCGGGCGGCAUGAGUUCCUCCACCAUGGGUGGCAGUAUCUAUGCCGGUGCUGGCAAUGUUCCGCCGCCCUACAAGCGCGUGUUCGACACUGUGCGAUGUGCCGGCAAGAGCGGCAACUACAUGGACAGCGGCAACGUGUCGAUGACCCAACUGGGCGCCAUGUCGAUGAGCAGCACCUCGGGGCCGCGCAUGGCUUCGAUGGCGUAUCCAGCGGGCUCUUACUAUCGCGGCGGUAGCAGUCAAUCGCUGGGCGUUAAAACUCUGUCCAGCGAGAGUCUCAACUCCCAGUCCGAUGACGGUUAUCCAGCCCAGCCCUCUGGUGUGCCAGGAGCGCCCGGCGCCAAGGAGCUGGAGGCGGCUCUCAAGAGGCUGACGCCGGCUGAGGUUUUGGCCCGCCGUGCCAUGCUUUCUUAUGCGCCGGCUGGAACCUAUAACUACGAUGAGCCAACGACUCAUCAUGGAGCUCAUGGCAACAACGACCGCAACUCGAACCUCCCGCUGGGCGUGCGCACGCCGGACAGCAUCAUGUCCACCGGCUCCUCUGGAAUGUCGGGCUCAACGAAUCACAUGUCCGCCUCGAUGACGCACCAAUGGCGCCUGCCGGAGAAGCUGCAAAUCAUCAAGCCCAUGGAGGGCUCGCAGACAUUGCACCAUUGGUCGCGGCUGGCCACGCCCACACUUAGUGGGCUGCUAGACGAGCGUCCUGGGGUUACGAUUCGCGGUGGACGAGGGCUCGACGACCUGGGCAUGCAGAUCUACACGCUGUCGGACGUCGAAGAGGAUGUAAGCGAUGAUCUGCCAGGCAAACAGUUCGAGGCACCGGGCUGCACUUUCACCUAUACGAACAGCAUGGUCAUGCAUCCGGAUGAUGGAUUCGUUAACGAUCUGUCGUUCCUGUCGCAGUCGCAAAUGUCCUCCCGCAUGGCAUCCACGUCGACAUCACGGCAACCCAGUUGUCCCGCCACGCCCCGCGCUGGACUGUCGCGCAAGAACUCCUGCUCCACAUUCUCGGUGAACCUCGGACUAGCUGGGAUGCUGAAUGAGAGGGGCAUCAAGGCGGUGACGCCCAGUGCCCUCAACACGCCCGCCGGUCCCAACUUCUCGCCCACGGUGACGCCGUGCAACAGCCCAGAGGGAUCGCCUCCACGCGCCCAGUCGCCCGAGCCGCUCUUUGGCCUGCUCUCGUCGGGUGCGGAUCUGAUCCGCCGCAAGAUCGUCGGCGAUCAGCACCAGCAGCAGCAGCAGAAGCAACGCAGCAGCCUCAGCAAGCAGCAGCAGCAGAAGAUCAUGCUGUCGCACCUGGAGAGACGGGCACUGCGAUCGCUGAACCUGAUCGAGAAGGUGGAGAGCAUUGGACUGGAGAAUAUUAUAAGCGCACAGAGAGGCCUUGGCUCGGGAAUUGCCAAUCGCAGCAGUUCGCCGCUGAGCAGUGGCAGCCUGCAGAGUCUGCACACCAGCAGCAACAGCAUUGUGGACGACAUACACUUUGAUCGGGCUCAAAUUAAGGGAGUCCUGCAUCGCGGAUUGAAGUCGCCCACGCCCACGUCCGCCGGGGCAUCAACUUCAGCGGCAGCAGGCAUCGCCAUAUCGACGAGCAGCAGCACCAGCGCUUACAACAGCGAUGACAGCGACGACCAGGGUCUGGUGAUGAAGAUCAAUAAGCCAUCAAAGAGCACGACACCCACAACAACAGCAGCAGCAGCAGCAGCAGCACAACAAAGUCAGCCAACUUCUGGAUCGACGACUUCCAAUGGCACGGCAAGCGAAACGCGGCUGAAGCAGAUGCAGCGCCAGAAGUCGCGCAGGCAACUGAAGAACGGCAUGGCCAGCCAGCGACCCGACCUGGGCACAAUUGCUGGCAGUGGCGGCGGAGGAGGCGGCGGCGGACGGGUGCGUCCCGAUCUGGGAAAGGUAGCCGACAGCGGCAGCAGCAAGCAGCUGAGCUCCAAGCGGCACGAGGCGAAGGCAGCGGAGGAGGAAGAGGCGGCACCGCAGAGCAUCACACAGGCGUUUGUGGGUUCAGUUAGUUCCUUGCUUUUUGGCCGCAAGGGCGGUUGGCUGUAAACUAAAAUAGCUAAUCAUUCACAACCUUAUUCUUACGCUUGCUGGACUAUAGUUUACUUUUAAAGGUAUGAAGAGAGUUAAAAACAUUUUUUUAAGCACAACGCGGGAACGAGUUGAUUAACGAAACGCAAUGUAAUCGUGGGAACGUUCAGUUUCAGUUCAGUUUUUUUUGUUUAAUGCCCCCGCAUAAUGCCUGUCAGCGCCACCUUAAGCAACACUGGAAGAAGGUUUUAGUGUUUGUAGCUGUGAUUUGUAAAUACAUCUAGAGAAAUGUUUAAAUUUAGUAGUUAUUAAUCAAGUACUUCGCAUAUUAUUAUUAUUUUUGCUUCAACUGACGGCGGCAAUUUAAGAACCAAACGAUGGCCAGUUCGUACAACACCAAUGUUCCAAAGCAGCUAUUUUUAGUUUAAACUACAUUUUGCCAAUUUUGUAUUUAUUUUUCCUGUGUUUAUAAUACCACGUAAACGAAAACGAAACCAUGUAUACAUUUAUUUUUAUGAUUUCCUUGUGUAUAGGGUCAAAGCAGGUGCAAAGUUGUAUAUAGGAAGAACAAAAAAAAGAGAGAAAUGUAACUCGAAUGUGGUAAAGUAAAGAGGUACAUAUAUAUAUUUUUUUACACGCGUAUAUAGUUUGCGUUUUUUGCUUUCCACACAAGAGACGUGCUCCGUAGGCCCCUCCCAAUACUCUGUAUCACAAAGAUCAUAACUCAAAAUGCUAUUGCUUUAACUUAAUUCUUAUUUCGGUGCUUAGCGCGCUGCCAAACGAAAAUACAUAAACUAUAGCGAGAAA